UGGCGCUCAGUGUUCCGGCAGGGUGUGGUGGGCGGGACGGCCCCAUUCUGAGCCAAUCGGAGUAGCCUCCCUCUGAGGCUCAAGGACGCCCUCACCAAUAGGUGCGCGCCGGGCAGGGUGCCGGGUGGCUGAGUUCGGCGCCGGGCGGGGACUUGGUUUUCCCGCUUAGUCGAGUCCGGCCUCCCGGAGUGGCCAGGCCGGCCGAGGGAGGGUCCGGGAGGUAGUAAGUGCUGUGCAGACAGGACCGGAGCGGGUGCAAACCUCGAGCCCUCACCCUGUGCCUGGCGGAGUCCUUUUUCGCUGGUGGGCACAGAGGAUGCGCUUCUGCAGCAGCUGGCCGAUUCGAUGCUCAAAGAGGACUGCGCCUCCAUGCUGAAGGUCCACUUGGCACAGUCCCUCCCCCUGCCCUCCAAUGUGAAUCGCCCCCGAAUUGACCUGAUUGUGUUCGUGGUCAACCUUCACAGCAAAUACAGCCUUCAGAACGUGGAGGAGUCCCUGCGCCAUGUGGACGCCACCUUCUUCCUGGGGAAGGUUUGCUUCCUCGCCACGGGCGCUGGGCGGGACAGCCACUGCAGCAUUCACCGGAACACCGUGCUGAGGCUGGCCCAGACCUACCGGAGCCCCCUGCUCUUCUGCGACCUGGAGGUGGAAGGCUUGCGGGCCACCAUGGCGCAGCGUCUGGUACGCAUGCUGCAGAUCUGCGCUGGCCACGUGCCCGGCGUCUCGGCCCUCAACCUGCUGUCUCUGAUGAGGUGCUCCGAGAACCCCUUCCAGGAGGACCUGUGAGGGCUGCCGGGCUGCGCUCCCCACGGCCUGAUCCCUGGUCUGUAAAUAUUCACUGUGGCUGAAGACCCGGUCAGGACUUGACAGGCCCUGUGUCAGCCGCGGUCACUUCCCUGCAGGACCCAAAGUCCUCCAGGCGCCAGCAGGGAGUGCUGGGGGGGGCACCCAGCUGGUGGGACCAGCCCCCUCACACUCCCCCGCUCACUCCUACACAGCCCCAGGUCUGUAUCCAUCUGACGUGUCCCAUCUCCACUUAAGGCUUCAUCUGAACAAAGGGUCUGUGGCUAAAAACAGUUUGAAAAUCACUGGUCUCAUCCACCACUUUGAUUCUGCAGACGAACUGACUCAGAACAAUUAAGAGUUGGGUCGGGGAGGGGGGCGAGGCCUCUGUGAGCCCAGCCUGACUCCGCAUCUGGGCCUGGCCAUUCUUAGAGAACCUGGCGGUUCGGUUUCGCCAGGUAAAAGGGAGGUCGUUCCACCUCGUGUCGUGAGGAUUGAAUGAAAUGACAGAGGUGGCUGUGUUCCUUGUGCCGGCUUACAUGCUGAUGUGUUUCUUAAUAAAUUGUGUUAACAGCUCACACAGUGCCAGGUGAGCACUCAGUGAA